AGCUCCGCAUCGAGGUCUAUGAACACAUCGAAUCAGUCUCGAGGAGAAUAUGACCCUUCAUUGAGUAGCGAGGAACCUCGAUCUGAAUACACUACGGCGUCCGAAAAGAGACGUCCCCGCUGGAUGUCACAAGUCAAGAAUUGGCUGGCGACCAGCGAACCCUCAGCUCAAGCGAUGAAGGACCAAAAAAAGGACGUGUUCAAAAAACACGGUGUCGACAUCAAAGAUCCACAAGCCGCGGCCAAGAUGCACUCUCCCCUGGGAAAAGUGCCACUGGAUGCUAUUACAUCUACAUCAGGCCCUACCCCCGAGAAGGCCCUUAAGGAAAAAGUUCGAGUGAAGGAGACACCGACAUCAGGUGUUAGACAUAGCCGCGGCUCUCAGUCAGUAUCGAGCAGCGUUUCGUCGCUACCAAGUGUGAAGAGUAGCAAAGUCUGCAAUACAAUCGCGCCAUGGGAA